AUGGCCCCUCAUGAUGCAACCCCUCAGUGCCCGGGACCAUGUGUGGCCCCUCACGAUGCAACCCCCUCAGUGCCCGGGACCAUGUAUGGCUCCUCACGAUGCAACCCCUCAGUGCCCGGGACCAUGUAUGGCUCCUCACGAUGCAACCCCCUCAGUGCCCGGGACCUUGAAUGGCCUCUCACGAUGCAACCCCGUCAGUGCCCGGGACCAUGUAUGGCUCCUCACGAUGCAACCCCUCAGUGCCCGGGACCAUGUUUGGCCCCUCACGAUGCAACCCCUCAGUGCCCGGGACCAUGUAUGGCCCCUCACGAUGCAACCCCCUCAGUGCCCGGGACCAUGAUUGCCCCUUCACGAUGCAAUCCCCUCAGUGCCCGGGACCAUGUGUGGCCCCUCACGAUGCAACCCCUUUGCUGCCUGGAACCAUGUGUGGCCCCUCACGAUGCAACCCCCUCAGUGCCCGGGACCAUGUGUGGCCCCUCACGAUGCAACCCCCUUAGUGCCCGGGACCAUGUAUGGCCCCUCACGAUGCAACCCCCUCAGUGCCCGGGACCAUGUAUGGCUCCUCACGAUGCAACCCCCUCAGUGCCCGGGACCUUGUAUGGCCCCUCACGAUGCAACCCCCUCAAUGCCCGGGACCAUGUAUGGCCCCUCACGAUGCAACCCCUCAGUGCCCGGCACCAUGUAUGGCCUCUCACGAUGCAACCCCUCAAUGUCCGAGACCAUGUAUGGCUCCUCACGAUGCAACCCCUCAGUGCCCGGGACCAUGUAUGGCCCCUCAUGAUGCAACCCCUCAGUGCCCGGGACCAUGUAUGGCCCCUCAUGAUGCAACCCCUCAGCGUCCGGGACCAUGUAUGGCCCCUCACGAUGCAAUCCCCUCAGUGCCCGGGACCAUGUGUGGCCCCUCCCUAUGUAACCCCUCAGUGCCCGGGACCAUGUAUGGCCCCUCACGAUGCAAACCCCUUGCUGCCCGGGACCAUGUGUGGCCCCUCACGAUGCAACCCCCUCAGUGCCCGUGACCAUGUAUGGCUCCUCACGAUGCAACCCCCUCAGUGCCCGGGACCAUGUAUGGCCCCUCACGAUGCAACCCCCUCAGUGCCCGGGACCUUGUAUGGCCCCUCACGAUGCAACCCCCUCAGUGCCCGGGACCAUGUAUGGCCCCUCACGAUGCAACCCCUCAGUGCCCGGGACCAUGUAUGGCCUCUCACGAUGCAACCCCUCAAUGUCCGAGACCAUUUAUGGCUCCUCACGAUGCAACCACUUGCUGCCCGGGACCAUGUGUGGCGCCUCACCAUGCAACCCCCUCAGUGCCCGGGACCAUGUAUGGCCCCUCACGAUGCAACCCCUCAGUGCCCGGGACCAUGUAUGGCUCCUCACGAUGCAAACCCCUCAGUGCUCGGGUCUAUGAAUGAUCCCGACAAAAAUAAUGACAACUGUUUCUGUGUGCAUUUGCAUUUGAGUUAA